GGACAGUGUUUGGGAGAUAAGUAACAUUGGCAGUUCAGCGAGACCAGGUGGCGGGGUUGGGCUGGAGUUCGGAGGUCAGUAGGGCUUUGCUCCGUGGGACCUGAGGACAUUAAUAGUGCGGGGGCUGGAGGUGUUGGUAGCUGGUUUGUGUUGGGACCUCUGGCUUGGUGGGACUUAGUGAUAGUUCACACCGUCCACCUUCGUGGAAGGAGCGGACGGCUCAGACUCAGCACCGGGCAGGGUCUGAUCCUCUAUCAGCAGCAACACUUCUUCACGCCUGUUUCAGCUUUUUGCAGAUCUCGGACGCGGGAUUCCACUCAGCUUGUGUUGCAAACGCCCUUAAACCGAGUGCGCGAGUAACACACACACAAACACGCACAAAGCCCUGGCAACAAAUUCAGCUCCGGUCUGAAAAUGGUCCUUUAGACACAGAAGGUGGAAUCGCCCUCUUGAGUCCAAGGUUCAAUUGUCGGUCUUUGAUUUGGUGUCAAGUGGGUUUACGUUGAUGGCGAGACUCCGUAUGCCGGUCUCUGGAUCAUUUGUUGGUAUUUUGUAAUUGAGAAAUGAAAAUGGAAGAUAAAUCUUCAAUAAUUUCCACAGAUUAACUGCAAAAUUUCCAUGAAUUCCAUAAGCAAGAAUUCAAAGCAUCACAAAUCUCGAAAAUCCCAUUCAUCAAGAAGAGACACAGCAGGGUUCAAGGAAAAAAUGGAAGUUGACUACAUGGUACAGACAGAUACAGUUUCCUUUGGGCAACAUGUACCAAAUGAAGUACAAGAUGGUGUGAACGAAAUUCCGGUCCCCAAUGGAGACAUCACUAACUCCACAAAGCCUGGCUUUCAGAAUGAUGUCUGGCUGUCUGCGUUUGGCGUGGCAGAGGCACGACAAGAACAGAAAGAACAGAAAAGUAUUUCAGUUAAGGCAAUGAGAACCUCAUUGUCCAAUCAAUAUGAGCAAGAGGUACGACCAUGCAUUGAUCUCAUUGACUCGCUGAGAGGAUUUGGUGUGGAUAAGGAUCUGGGGCUUCCAGCCAUUGCAGUGAUUGGUGACCAGAGCUCUGGGAAGAGCUCAGUCUUGGAGGCACUCUCAGGAGUGUCACUUCCCAGAGGGAGUGGAAUUGUAACAAGAUGCCCACUGGAACUGAAGCUAAAAAAUGUUAAAGCAGCAAAUGUUUGGAAGGGUAAAAUCAGCUACAAGGAUUAUUCAAACAAACUCAGCAGUACCACUCAGGUGGAAGAAGAAAUUCUCAAAGCCCAGAACAGUAUUGCAGGGCAAGGAGUGGGAAUCAGCCAUGAAUUAAUCAGUCUUGAAAUUGAAUCCACCAAUGUCCCUGAUCUGACUUUGAUAGACUUGCCAGGAAUCGCCCGAGUAGCAGUUGGUGGCCAGCCACAAGAUAUUGGAGACCAGAUUAAGAGACUCAUUAAAUCAUUCAUUCAGAAACAAGAGACAAUUAAUCUUGUAGUUGUGCCAUGUAAUGUCGACAUAGCAACCACGGAAGCACUGAAAAUGGCUCGGGAAGUGGAUCCUUCCGGGGACAGAACUCUGGGCAUUUUAACUAAACCUGACCUGGUUGAUAAAGGAACAGAGGUGAAUGUGGUUGAAAUUGUGAAGAACAUGGUGGUGGAGCUGAGUAAGGGUUACAUGGUCGUUAAGUGCCGAGGCCAGAGAGAUAUCAAUGACAAGAUAACAAUGGAAGAUGCAAUCAUGAAGGAAAAGGCAUUUUUUGAAGACCAUGAACAAUUUAGGCAGCUUCUAGAGGAAGGAAAGGCCGGCAUCCCAAAUUUGGCUGUUCGACUGACAAAGGAACUUGUUAACCACAUUCAUAAAUCGUUGCCUCAGUUGCGAAUUGAUGUUGAAAAGAAACUGAACAAAUCAUUGCAAUCCCUAAAGGAGUACAGCUGUGCAGUCCCCACUUCUUACAGUGAGAAAAUGACAUUUAUAAUCGAGAAAAUCAACAAUUUCUGUAGCCAUACAAAAAAUGUGACUUUGGGGGUGGAGCCUUAUGACAAGACAAAAGGUGAGAGGUUCAUCACCAGAGUACGGAGGGAGUUUGAGAAAUGGAAUUCGUUCCUGAAAGAUAGUGUAUCAAACUUCCAAGAGUACAUCCGUGAGGAAGUUCUCCAGUAUGAAGACCGUUACCGUGGAAGAGAGCUGCCUGGGUUUGUCAACUACAAAACCUUUGAAUCUCUUAUAAAGAAUGAGAUUGCCCAACUCGAAGAACCAGCUAUUGAAAAAAUGAAGACCAUUACAGAAAUCACAAGGGAAGCUUUUAUGGAUAUUGCUGAGCAACAUUUCAGUGCCUUCUGCAACCUUUUCAAAGCUGCCAAGGUCAAAAUUGCAACUCUCAGCUGUGAGCAAGAACGUGAAGCAGAGAAGCUGCUGCAAGCCCAGUUUAAGAUUGAGAGUGUGGUGUACUCUCAGGACUCUCUCUACAGUCACAGUCUUGGUAUAUUGAAAAGCAAUAAAUUCGGCUUAUUUGGAAAUGCCAGCAUCCAAGAAAUGUCAUAUCAUUUACAAGCAUAUUACAAGAUUGCCUCUAAUCGACUAGCUGACCAGAUUCCCAUGGUCAUACGUUGCUACAUUUUAAAUGAAAUUGUUGAUAAGCUGCGGAUAGAGAUGUUACAGAUCCUCCAAGACAGGGAUCGCAUCAAUGAAUACCUAUCAGAGGAUCAUGACACACAGAGAAAGAGAGAAACCCUUAAAUGCAGAAUAGACCGAUUGAGAAAAGCCCAGAAGAUAUUGCUUGAAUUUGGUUAAAUGAUUGUUGAAUGUAUUCAAUACUGUAAAAAUGUGUUUAUAUUUUGUUUGCUAAUUUCUUUCUUCUGUUUGGUCCUGGAGUCAACAGUCACUCUAUGGUACAAGUGGUUUUUGUUCCUUUCAAACGGCAAAUAUUGUCAACCUAUUCAACUAAAUUAGAGGAACGAGGGCCUUCCUCGCCCAAUGCCUGAUCUUCCUCCUGGAUAAUUUCCUCUUCCCCAUUCUGACUGAAAUUAGCUAACUCUAGAAGACACAGAUUGAAUUUCCAUCAUCUGUAUACUGAGCUGCUCACUAUGUAAACUAGUUUAAACUGUCAAGGAACCUCUAAUUGUUUUUAAUGCAUCUGUUGUAAUAUCACAUAGCAUUCCCAAGCAUUUACAGUCUAUGUAAUAUUUCACGUCUGAUAUUGUAAUUUGAAGUGUGACAACAAAGACUUAACUGAUAAUUAUCUAUUUUAUUCAAGUUAUGUUCACAAGGAUACAUAAUGAAGGGAGUGGAAAUUAGUGUUUGACUUGUACUCUUUGUUGUGCCAUUAGGUUUUCUAUGGUGUGGUCAGUACUGAUGAGAUGAUAAGCUUUUUCCUUAUAAUGUGAUUCAAUGCAGUGCACAAUGCAUUGUACUCUUGCUAAGUUAUAACCGUCCUACUAAACAUAACAAUUCUAUUUUGAUCAUUGGUAAUUUAUGCAAUUUAUGCAAGUAAUAAAUCCUUGA